CUAUAUAAUAAACACCUAUUUUGAAGCGUACGCUCAAAACUGCAGAUGUUUCUGCUUCUGGUUAGAGAGAUUAAAUAAACCAUGGCAAAGAGUGAUGUGAAAGUUUUGGGUUCAUGGCCGAGCCCCUAUGUGAUGAGGGCAAGGAUUGCCCUUAACAUCAAGUCUGUCAACUAUGAGUAUUUUGAGGAGAGAUUACGGGAAGGUAAAAGCGAGCUUCUUCUCAAAUCAAACCCGGUUCACAAGAAAAUUCCAGUCCUCAUCCAUGGUGACAAGCCCAUCUGUGAGUCUCUCGUUAUUGUGCAAUAUAUCGACGAGACUUGGUCUUCUGGUCCUUCCAUUCUGCCUUCUGACCCCUAUGAACGUGCAACCGCUCGUUUUUGGGCUGCCUAUCUUGACGAAAAGUGGUUCCCAUCCAUAAGAAGUAUUGGUAUGGCUCAAGGAGAGGAUGCAAGGAAGACAGCAAUAGCGCAAGUGGAAGAAGGAUUGGUGCUGUUGGAAGAAGCAUUUGGGAACUGCAGCAAAGGGAAGCCAUUCUUUGGUGGGGACCAAAUUGGGUACCUUGACAUUGCAUUUGGAUGCUUCUUGGCCUGGCUCAGAGUCACUGAGAAGAUAAGCGGGAUCAAGCUGCUUAGUGAAGCCAACACUCCUGCUCUGCUUAAUUGGGCUGACAGGUUCUGCUCUGAUGCUGCUGUGAAGGAUGUUAUGCCAGACACUGAGAAGCUUGCGGAGUUCGGUAAGAUGGUUAUAGCUAAAAUGAGGGGUGCGGCUCCUCCCAAAUGAUGAAUUCUAUGAUUAGAUGGCAAUAGAAGCAAUAGAAUGGGUAUGGUGUACUUUUUUGCACCGACGUAUCUCUAAUCUACUAUCAUCUAUGCGCUGCUUGGAGAGUGGAAAUAAAUUUUCGUGGAAUGCAAAAUAA